AUGGCUCAAACCACAAUUGCUAAUUGUAGCAACUCUUCAUCAUCAAUCAUCUACUCCGAAAAUGAAGAUUUCCUUCAUAAUUUUGAUUUCAGUAGCAUUGCUGAUCUCCAACAAGUACAUCAGGAAAAAACUUUAAUUGUUCUCGGUACGAUUAAGCAAGUAUGUGCUGAAAGGGAAUGGUACUGUUUUACUUGUAUUAGAUGUCAACAGAAAGUUGUGAAACAAAUUUUAAUCCAUCAUGAUCAGUCUCAAGAUAAAGAAGUUUUUUAUUGUAACACUUCAAGCUACAUAAACAAAGUCAUUUAUGUUGUUCACAGUUUUAAAAUCACCAUUAUAGUUAAAGAUAUUACCGGUUCGGUGUCACUUGCUUUAUAUGAUUCUGAUGCAAAGAAGCUUAUAAGAAAAAACGCACAAGAGUUGGUUCAUGAGUUCUAUAAGGUUGGUAAUAAUGAAAUUUAUCCAUCUGCUCUAAAUAUACUAUUGAAAAAAAAGAUGGCGUUCAAAAUUCAAAUCACACUUGACAAUUUGAAUAACAAAACAGAAUAUUAUGCUAUCUCAAGGAUCACGUCUAACAAUACAAUUAUUGAUGAAUUGGAAAAAAUAAUGAAAAUGGAUCGGGUAAAAUUCUUUACCCUCAAUGCUACAAUCAUUAUCGUUAUUGACUCUUGA